AACCCGUCUACCUAGCUUUCCAUCUACGUUACAACAUCGCAUACACAUUAUUUGUUAAUUCCCAUUUACCAAAUUACUAUUCAAUUUUUGGCAUUGGCGAAUUUGGGACCCUGAAGAAAUGGCGAGUAUACAAGCUAUCCGGGCGAAUUGCCGAAAGGUCAUGUGUAUAGGCCGCAACUAUGCCGAACACAUCAAGGAGUUAUCAAGUGCAACUCCCAAACAGCCCUUCUUCUUCCUGAAGCCACCUUCGUCCAUCUUGCUUCCCGGUGCUGGGCCUGUACUACGACCCCGUGGAGUCAUCAUGCACUACGAGGUGGAACUUGGUCUAGUAAUGGGCAGAACGAUUCGGGAUUUACAUCCCGAGGACACAAAGGGAGCUAUGGAUGCCAUUGAAGGCUACAUCCUCGCCAUCGACAUGACUGCACGAAAUGUUCAGGACGAGGCUAAGAAAAAGGGCCUCCCCUGGUCCAUUGCUAAAGGCUUCGACACCUUCAUGCCCAUUAGUAAUUUCAUUGCGAAAAACAGAAUCCCGAACCCACAGAAUGCACACCUCUGGCUCUCCGUCAACAAUGAAGUAAAACAGUCUGACAACACUGAGUUGAUGCUUUUCCGGAUCCCAAGGCAGCUGAGCGAUAUCAGCAGGGUUAUGACGUUGGACAAGGGCGACAUUGUACUUACUGGUACACCAAAGGGUGUAGGACCUGUGAAGACGGGUGAUGUUAUGCGUGCGGGAAUCAAGGUAGACGGAAAAGACAUCGAAGAGGCGGAUAUGGAAGUAGAGGUUGCGGACCGCGAGGGUUUGUAUGAGUUCCGCGAAACUUGAAGUCCAUCUAAAAUUAUACUGGCCGAACGAAUCUUACUAAGAUUAUCGAAA